GGAGGGACUUCUUCCUACAAUUUGGUAUUCUUGGUUGAACAAAUCGUUCUAGUUUCGAAAAUACAAUCGUCUCCCAAGAGCUGCUAUCGACAAGUAGUAUUUACAGCACGUGGAUGGUCACAUAGCACUAAAGCCUGGUGUUGCAUCACUGACCUCUCCCCUGAUCUACAACCGCCUCGCACACUCGUUCAUUAGUCAGGUUCGGAUGCCAACGUGUGGCUUGCAAAUGUCACUGGUGCGAGCUGUGGUGGGGUUGCUGUGCUGCGCUGUGGUCGCUCUGCUACCAGAAUGUGCAGGUGCCCAGACAAGUGCUGGUCAUUCCCAAAUCCAAUGUGGAUCGGCAAUCUACAUGACGGGGACGACAUCGGAUCUCGCCUCCUCCAGAAAAGCCUGCCUGAAUGCUAACUCCGUUCUAAUGACUGAUCUCUACCUGGGCACUCUGUCUGCUCAGGAGCGCGGCUGUGUGUUGAGUCGUUCUAAUCCAGUGUGGCUCUUGGACUCUCGAGGGGAGGGUGAGGUGUUCGACCCACGGGUUGGCAUUGAGGACUUCAUCCAACCAAAAGACGGGCCUUACGAUUUUAUUUGUUUGCCAAGCAAUUACACAAAGUUGAUGGCUAGAUUGGCACCAGAUGUAAAUACCACUCGUGAAAUACAGUUCUGCAACUCGAUGAAGGAGUCUUAUGUUUGUGAUGGAUCUGGGAUCAUCAUUCGCCAGAAGCAGCUCAACCUGUGUCUACCGCGCUGCUCUCCCCAAGCACCCGCCGUGCCAUCCUCCAGAUUCGUUUGCAGUGGAUUCAACGUCACGUUAAACAUGAGAUCAUCACCGUUCUCUGUCGCGAAUGCCGAAUGUUCGACACAGAAAAUUAGGCUCUUGAGAUACAAUGAUUUUGCAAAGUUGAACAUGACCAGUUGCUUCAGAGAUGAGCUUGCAAAGCUAGGCGAGGCUGGUAAAAGCACGUUCUGGCUGAGAUACCCAGGUAACGCGGACUGGCAGCGGGGCAGCUACAACCUGGACACCGGCAGCAUGAGCCCAGUGACUAGCCGGACAAAGUCACAUGCAGAUGCCUUCAUCUGUGCCGAGGACUGGAAUGAGUGCAAAGCAUCUACUUCUUGUCCGCCUGAUUUCCAAUGUGUCAACUUGAAGGGCACUUUUAUGUGCAAUCGUGACCGUUGCUUGACAAAGGACGUCGAUAACGGCAUUCUAAAUGUCACAGCGCUGUCUGCUGUCGCCAGUGCGGUCUGCGAAGAAGGUUAUAGUCCGCAUGGGAAAGCUUCUUGCCAAGCUGACGGAUGGGUGCAUAAUGAGACGCUAUGUGUGAAGAAUGACGAGAGCAAGGGUAUAGGGCAAAAGGUGGAGGUGAUCGGCUGGUGGAAGUGGUCGAUAACCGGCGUCGGCGUUGUCUUGGUGAUGGGGAUGAUAGCCGCACUAGUCAUGUGGAGGGGCAAGAACCGGAACAGUACGACUGUUCGCGCAGGAAUACCGACACCGCAAGCGCCGAAUGCAGACAGCGGUGGAAGAAUCUAUGACAGUCCGUACAUAGAUAGCUCUUGCAUUGGGUGUGACGAAAAUCUCUACAAUGAAAUCUAUCAAAAAAAUGACAACCAGCCAAACAACACGAACAGAUACCUGGGAUUUUCCCGCAACAAGCCUGCUAAUACCAAUGAUGACUGGAUGAAGCAUGCAAACACGGCCGCAACGCUGGCGGUGAGAGAAGGGGAGUUCGACUUGGCGUUCCAAAGCCGAAUGGAUGCCGGCGACGCGGGCAGUUUUCUGGGCGUGAACGACGACCACUCCUGCCAGGUGUCCGUGUCAAAUUGGAGCCUGGCUGACGUCACUGAUGGAGGGCCACAGCUGGACAGCAAACCAGAAUCCCUUAGCGAUAACAAGAGCUUCGAGAGCCCCCUUCAAGGAGGGAAGAGUGAAGCCAGCUUGCCGGAUUGCUUCAUCUAGACGAGGUGGUGUCAGGUGAUGAGGGUUACUGCCCACUGCACACAAGCAACCAUAUCCCAUAACCGGCCCCUAGCCGGAUAGACAUGAAGCUAAUCAUUAUAACUAUCAGCUUGACCAGAGACAUCCUUGCUGCACUGGAGAGCUCCGUCUCCCCCCUUUCCACAGUUGGAAUGUGAAAAGUGGACAGCUCUGCGGGCUAGCAGCAGCAAGGGGAACUGGAGUUGUGGCACAUUUUUCAGACUCUCGUUUCCUGGGCAACGUCAUUCAUUAUCUGUCACCAUACAGGAUAUGUUCUAUGAUUCUUAACGGGGGCAUCUCAUUGUGCUUCUCCAGUUUAUGUUGUAGACAGUUGAGCUUUCUGCCUCACGGCAUUAACAUCACCAGCUGUAUGUCACGAACUGAUGUUAAACUCUGGUCUCUAUUCAAACACCUAUCAGGAAUGAAUAUAAUUAGUUCGGCUCACUGAAGUCUUUUCCCCCUAUCACAUCUUAUAAAUACUUUUUUUGUGCCAAAGUUCAGCUUCCGGAGACGUUGGACUCUGUUUCGAUCCUAUUGUGCCACUUUCUUUCUUCUCCCAUUGGUCUCCUCUUCGUCCCCCAUGCCUGAGCAGUAGGUACCGGUCUUUCAUACACAGUCAGGCAGUGCAAGUUUCCUAGUGUAUGCUGUAGAGUGGCCACCGGUUUGUAAUGAUUGCUUUUCUUGAAACAUUUUCCAACUAAGACGUUGCGCUGCUAGCCAUCAUGUAUCAUUUGCCGCACUAACUAUGCCCCAUCUGUGCUCCGCCGAUCUUGCAUUCUCUCAUCUAGAAACGUGUUUUAAAAUUAACGAGAGCAAGUGCCAACAUCUCAUACAUAUCCUUAUAGUUAUUUGGCCCAGCUUUGAGCCGCCCUCGCUCCCUGGUUUGCAAAAAUUAGAUAGAGGAUUCUUUCAUAGGCAUAUUUAUACACAAAAUA